UCCCAUCCUAGGCUGUUGACUUGUACUCUGAUGUUUCUCUUUGACCCUCUGCAGAAGGGGUGUGGCCCCUUCCGAGGGUUGGCUCUGGGGCCCAGGCAGGAAGAGUGACAUCUCAGAAUGACUCCCUGGAGAGCCCCCUCCCAGGCUCAGCAGCCCACAGACCCAGAGGACCCCUCCAUCAGCCCUGCCCCUGCCAUGAGCGUCAGUCGCCUGUGCUGUGUGGUGUUUUGUCUUCUACAGGCAGGGUCGCUGAAUGCUGGAAUCACUCAGACCCCCAAAUUCCAGGUCCUGGGGACAGGACAGAACAUGACACUGAAAUGUCACCAGGAUAUGAACCACAACUCCAUGUACUGGUAUCGACAAGACCAUGGACAUGGGCUGAGGCUGAUCCAUUACUCAGUCGGUCCCAGGGCCUCUGCAAGUGGAGAAGUCCCGGAUGGAUACAGUGCCUCUCGGCCAAAUGUAACGAGCUUCCUUCUCAAGCUGCUGUCCACAGCCCCCUCCCAGACAUCUGUGUACUUCUGUGCCAGCAGUGUUCCCACAGCAUUGCCCAGCUGCCUCCUCUCUGCACAAAAAAAGGAAGGGGGAGGUCCCGUGCCCCGGGACUCAGCAGAGCCCUCUGCGCACUCCCAGGAGCCCAGAAGCCCUGGAAGCUGCAGUGAGAACUCCAACUCUAUUUCCUUGCACUGGGCAUGGACUCUUCCUUUUUGUGACGGCCGACUCCCACUCAUGCUCAUGUUCAAGGUCCCUGUGAGUGACCGGCCACUUCUGGGCACACCUAUUUCCCAGAUGAACGGUGGACACAAUUAA